AAGUUUUCCUCAGCUAAAAACGUCUUUUUACCACCUAACAACGAAAACUUUAGUUGUUAGCAUUAUCUUGUUGGAUUCUGCCCCUUUGCACAGUAUUGAUAUGAUGUUAGAUAUUUCCAUAUUUUGCAGGUUCGUAGUAAUCAUCGCUGUUAUUGACAUAUAUACAGCAUUUUGUCAGGAAAUAAAUGGGUACAGUCCAUAUGUUUGCACUAUAAGAAGCCAAUACCACAACCUAAACUUAUCCAGCCAAAAUAAGAAGAUAGAAACAAUGGAUGCUAUAGAGCACAGAGUUAUCAAAGUGAACGGCAUAAACAUGCACGUCGCCGAGAUGGGUCCAGUGAACGGACCUGUAAUUCUCUUUAUUCAUGGAUUCCCUGAGUUGUGGUACUCUUGGCGCCACCAGAUUGUGGCUCUGGCUUCUCUAGGCUACCGAGCAGUGGCACCGGACUUGAGAGGCUUCGGUGACACAGACGCGCCACCAGAGCAGAGGAGUUACACGGUCAUGCACUCAGUUGGCGAUCUUAUUGGGGUUCUUGACGUUGUGGCACCUCUUCAGGAGAAGGUUUUUGUAGUGGGACAUGAUUGGGGUGCAUACAUGGCUUGGUUCUUGUGUCUGUUUAGACCAGACAGAGUUAAAGCUUUGGUCAAUCUUAGUGUGUCGUUCAGUCCCAGGAAUCCUCACAAGAAAAUUGUUGAGAUGCUGAGAGCUGUUUAUGGGGAUGAUUACUACAUGUGCAGAUUUCAGGAGGUUGGAGAUAUAGAAGCCGAGUUUGCAGAGCUUGGUACUGAAAGAGUUAUAAAGGAAUUUCUAACAUACCGAUAUCCAGGUCCUCUUUUUUUACCUAAAGGUAAAGCAUUCAACCGCUCGCCGGAAAAUCCACUUGUCUUGCCCUCUUGGUUGUCUGAGGAAGAUGCGCAGUAUUACGUCGGAAAAUUUGAGGAAAAAGGCUUCACUGGAGGACUCAACCUCUACCGGAACUUGGACCUAAACUGGGAACUAACUGCACCUUGGACGGGCGCUAAAGUUAAAGUACCCGUUAAGUUUAUUGUGGGUGAUCAGGACCUUACCUACAAUUCUCUAGGUAACAAGGCUUAUAUUGAGAAGGGUGGGUUCAAGAGAGAUGUUCCAUUCUUGGAGGAAGUGGUUAUAAUGGAAGGAGUAGCUCACUUCAUCAAUCAAGAGAAGGCUGAGGAGAUUAACAAACACAUCUAUGACUUCUUUCAGAAGUUCUGAUCAGGAAUUUUCCUGGGGAGAUGGGUGCAAUAUGUUAAUGUACUUUUAUGAGAGUUGCUUUGCUUCCGUCCCAUGUGUUCAAAACAAUGGAGUUGUUGUGCUGUGCUUCGGAGAAAUAUUGACUGGUUAUUUUUAUUGCAAAGCUCGUAGCCUAGUAACAUGGAUUAUUACAAAUCCAUUUGUGUAACUCUGAUGUUACAAGCUUUAAUAAAAGCAUUGUUCCUUUUCUCAA